GUAGAAGCCAUCUGUAUGGAAAACGCGCAAAACACAUACCCGUAAAAGCAUGCAUGCCUAGCUAAACCGCCAUCUCAACUCUGACCACAGCUAUCCGUUCUCUCUGCAGCUUCAAACAGGUUACAAGCACACGCCCCUGACAGCUGUCACUUGGUAGACGCAGCUACCCGUGUUUCCAUGCGUGUCAAAGACCGGACACUGGGGCACUGAGGCUGAUUGCAGUUAAUGAUCUUGAUGAGACGAUGUCGAAAACAUCAAAGAACACCGUGUGUCUCUUGCUCUCUAUGCUGCCGUCUCCGUGCAUGCGGUAGUAUCCCCGUAUAUGCCGUUCACUUAAAGGUGGCUGACCUGUAUCUGUCACCCAAACUUUCCCAACUGGCUGACUGUCUGCAGGAACCCAGGGACGGAAGCUCUCCUCGGUCUCUCCCCUCCAUGAGCAUCUUGGCUGUCAAAGCACUUUAGUAUCCCGAAAAGUAAGCGUAUGGCACUAGAAGUGAUUAGUUGGAUAUCUUCCAAGCAUGACCAUCGUAUAUGACUGUUAGAAUCGUCGCUAUCUAUCACUAUCACGGCUGGAGUCGGUGUUUGAAGUUCCAAAGCCGCGAUUAGCCUCUGGUUUCUGGCUCCAAGAUCCAGAUUGUCGGAUUUGGCGCGUUAGUUUUAAUUAGCUUUCUUGGAGCUGGGAAGCCAUGCAAUGCAUAACCAUGGAUGCUCGCCAAACUAUUUGUUCAUCGCAUAUGCUAUUGGAGAACGGGUAGGGACCGGCCCACCUCAUGUUUCUAUGUUAAGCAGCAGUGCUGGCGGUAGUGACGGUGGCUGGGCCAGUAGUGAUAUUCAAGUCCGGGGAUGGCUAUCAACAGACGCCACUCCCACGUGCUACAAGAGAUGGUUGCAACCCACGGGGUAGCAGACGGAUAGUAGUCUCUGAGCCUCUUCCGUACCUGCGUGAUAGCCAAUGCUAUUUGACUGUUGCUCUCGACUCAGGAAGGAACAGGUGGAGAUGCGGGGGUGGAUUUCCGGGGUAUCAAGAGGCGCAAAGAUUCGGUUAAACGUAGUCUGUGGUAACUCAUCUUGUGC